ACUCCAGUCUGCUGCGUUCCGCCUACUCCGCCUUGGUCAAGCCCUGAAACCCGGCUGUCGUACUCCGGCUGUAUUCCUCUUCGUGGAACCUCUAGAUGUUUCGAACGCCCCCCGAACCCCUUCUUGGCUCCCUUCCUCCUGGCGCUUCCUCCCCAGAUACACCUGCCUCCGGCCCGGCCGGUUCUCUCAUCAUCCUUCCCGGACCAUCUUCCCGAGACCCCAGCGCUGCCGCCGCCAGAGAUCCUGUUACCACCUGCUGCCACACUCUGCUCCCCCCAUGGGACUGACAGCGGCCGCCGAUCCCCGGCACUCUUGUCUCCAGAACCGAACCACACCCCAGCUCUAGCUGAACCCAUCCUGGUCCUCCCCAUCCUCCACUAUCAUCUGGAGCCACCAUGACUUCAGAGGACCUCAAAAAGAUCCUGGAUGAUCUGGAUGACAAGGAGCUGUCUGUAUUCCAGUGGUUCCUGCAGCAGCCCAACAAUGUUCAAGACCUCCCAGCCAUCACAAAAAGCCAACUACAGACACUAGACAGGUGUAAAACUGUGACUGUGAUGGUGGAGACUUAUGGACUUCAGAGAGCUGUGCAGGUGACCAGAGUGGUUUUAGAGAAGAUCUCCAGGAAUGAUCUGCUGCAGAAGUUUCCUACCAGCAGCUCAGGACCAGAAGUGCAUGUCAAUGUUGUUGGAGAACCUUCAGAGAACAGAGAACCUUCCUCCUCUCAGAAUCAGCCUCCUCUUCCUCAGACUGAAGAUCAGACUGUUCCGGUACCAGAACCACGUCCCAUCAGAUAUUACCAACAGAAACUUCAAUCUUACUUCCAGGACGCGUUUAAGGUUACAACAGAGGGGUGGGCAGCAGAUAAGCAGCUUCUGGUUGAUAUCUACACAGAGCUGUACAUUACAGCUGGCCGGGACGUGCACGUCAACACACAGCAUGAGGUCCUACAGAUUGACAAGGUGUGGAAGCCAUCAGACACAGAGACACAGAUCCAACCCAGAGACAUUUUCAAGCAUCCUUCUGGAAAAGACAUACCCAUCAGAACAGUGCUGACCAAUGGGAUUGCAGGGAUUGGAAAAACAUUCCUCGUGCGCAAGUUUGUGUUGGACUGGGCUGAAAAAAGAACCAAUCAAGACGUGCAUCUUAUUUUCCCGUUCACUUUCCGUGCCCUGAAUUCACUGCAGGGAAAAGAGUUUGGUUUGGCAGAGCUCAUUCAUUUCUGUAUCCCAGAAACUGAAGACAUCACAGUGGAAGCUCUGAAUUACAUCUUUACAGCUCUGCAGUCAUCAGGAAACAGCAGCUACAAGAAGAGCAGAUUCAAACUGCUGUUUGUGUUUGAUGGACUGGACGAGAGUCGCCUUCGUCUGGACUUUCAGGUCGACCACAUUCCCUCUGUGGAUGCAACAAAGUCAACUAAAAUCGAAGUCCUGCUGAAGGAACUUAUCAGUGGAAAACUGUUGCGCUCUGCUCGCCUCUGGAUAACCACACGACCUGCAGCAGCCAAUCAGAUCCCUCAAAACCUCGUCAACACUGCAACAGAGGUCAGAGGGUUCACUGACCAACAGAAGGAGGAGUAUUUCAGCAAGAGAUUCAGUGAUGAGGAGCAGACUUGCUGCAUCAUCUCCCACAUGAAGAAGUCACGAAGCCUCCACAUCAUGUGCCACAUCCCAGUGUUCUGCUGGAUCACUGCUAUAGUUUUGGAGGAGCUGCUGAGAAGCAGAGAGGGAAGAGAUCUACCCAGAACCCUGACUGAGAUGUACGCAGAGUUUCUAAGAUUUCAGAUUGAUCACACAAAAGAAAAGUACGGUCCAGAGAAGUGCAUUCAGUUCAUUAAGUCAUUAGCUAAAUUGGCUUUUGAACAGCUGCAGAAGGGCAACCUGAUCUUCUAUGAGAAAGAUCUGAGAGAAAGUGGCAUCAAUGUGAGUGAAGCCUCAGUGUACUCAGGAGUGUUCACAGAGAUCUUCAAAGCAGAGCGAAGACGGAAACGGGAAGACAAGAUGUUCAGCUUCGUCCAUCUGAGUGUUCAGGAGUUUCUGGCUGCUCUUCAUGUCCAUCAGACCUUCACUGACUCUGGAAUCAACCUGCUGGAAGAACAACAAACUUCCUUCAAGAAGCUGAAAGUAUUUCUGAAGAAACCUAAACUACAACAUCUCUACCAGAGAGCUGUGGACGAGGCUUUACAGAGUCCAAACGGUCACCUGGACUUGUUCCUGCGCUUCCUCCUGGGUCUAUCACUGCCGACCAAUCAGAAUCUCCUACCAGGCCUGCUGACACAGACAGGAAGUAGCUCACAGACCAAUCAGAAAACAGCGGAGUACAUCAAGAAAAAGAUCAGUGAGGAUGUUUCCGCAGAGAGAAGCAUCAAUCUGUUCCACUGUCUGAAUGAACUGAAGGAUGCUUCUCUAGUGGAGGAGAUUCAACAGUCCCUGAGAUCAGGACGUCUGUCCACAGAUGAACUGUCUCCUGCUCAGUGGUCAGCUCUGGUCUUCAUCUUACUGUCAUCAGGAGAACAUCUGGACGUGUUUGACCUGAAGAAAUACUCUGCUUCAGAAGAGGUUCUUCUGAGGCUGCUGCCAGUGGUCAAAGCCUCCAAGAAAAUUGUACUGAGUGGCUGUAAUCUGUCAGAGAGAAGCUGUGGAGCUCUGUCCUCAGUCCUCAGCUCCCAGUCCUCCAGUGUGACAGAGCUGGACCUGACUAACAACAACCUGCAGGAUUCAGGAGUGGAGAGUCUUUCUGCUGGACUGGAGAGUCCACACUGUAAACUGGAAGCUCUCAGACUUAAUAACUGUAAUCUGUCAGAGAGAAGCUGUGGAGCUCUGUCCUCAGUCCUCAGCUCCCAGUCCUCCAGUGUGACAGAGCUGGACCUGACUAACAACAACCUGCAGGAUUCAGGAGUGGAGAGUCUUUCUGCUGGACUGGAGAGUCCACACUGUAAACUGGAAGCUCUCAGACUGUCAGGCUGUCUGGUCACAGAGGAAGGCUGUGCUUCUCUGGCCUCAGCUCUGAGCUUGAAGACCUCAAGUCUGAGAGAGCUGGACCUGAGCUACAACCAUCCAGGAGACUCAGGAGAGAAGAUGCUGAGAGCUAAAGUGGAGGAUCCACACUGCAGACUGGAAACUCUCAGGGUGGCGCCUGCUGGAGACCGAUGGUUGACCCCAGGUCUGAGGAAGUAUUCCUGUCAACUCACAGUCGACACAAACACAGUAAACAGAAACCUCAAACUGUCUGACAACAACAGGAAGAUGACACAUGUGGAGAAGGAGGAUCAGUCGUAUCCUGAUCAUCCAGACAGGUUUGAAUACUGGGAACAGCUGCUGUGUGGAACUGGUCUGACUGGUCGCUGUUACUGGGAGGUGGAGUGGAGUGGAGGGGUUCAUAUAUCAGUGAGUUCCAGAGGAAUCAGAAGGAAAGGAAACAGUUAUGACUGUCGGUUUGGACGUAAUGAUCAGUCCUGGAGUCUGUACUGCUCUUAUUAUGAUGGUUACUCUGUUAUUCACAAUAACAGAGAAACAUCCAUCAGUUCCUCCUCAGUCUCUGACAGAGUUUCAGUUUAUGUGGACGUUCCUGCUGGAACUCUGUCCUUCUACAGAGUCUCCUCUGACUCUCUGAUCCUCCUCCACACCUUCAACACCACAUUCACUCAACCUCUCUAUCCUGGAUUUGGGUUCUACAGGUCCAGGUCUGGUUCCUCAGUGAUUCUGUGCUGAGUUGAGUCUCCAGAGUCUCCUCUUGGUACAGAAACAGUGUUGAACAGAUAGUUGAGUCUCUCCAUGACUCUGUCCCUCACAAACAUGUUUUCACAUUCAUGGAUUAAAUGUGUUUCUUUGUCAAAUCCUUCUAAAUGAUUCCUUGUAAACUUGUUCCUCUUCAAAGAUGGAAGUUGUGAUUAUUCCAGGAGCCAAAUGUGGUGUUUGCGUCUUUUUCCAGUCAAAUGUUGAGAGUGAAAAUCAGGAUGUGGUGUUCCUCUGACGCUCACUUGAACUAAAAGCAUUUGAGCUGCACAAAGUGUGAAAUGAGAGAGGAAGCAGUGAAUCUCCAAACUGCUGACAGACUUUCACACAUUAUUGUCCAGUGAAAAUCAACUUUUUGUGCAGCCACACUUGAUCCUGAUGUGAGUCUUUAAGUCCUGUUCUAGUGAUGAAAUGAGAACUUCCUUCAUCUGUAUCACUCUUUCCAAAGUAUUCUGUGCUCUUCUGUCAUUUAUGUCUUAUUGAUAGAUCCCUUUUUCAUUUUUACAUGAAAUAAGUGGUUCAGUGUUUUUUCAUCAGUUUUUUUUAUAAGAUUCUGAAUUUCUGGUUUCAUCAACAAAUUCUACCAGAUUUUAUUUUUCCAUCAAAGCUCCCAUAACCCUAGCUAUCUCUGGAUAAAAAUGUUUUCAGCAUCAAUAUGAUUCCAGUCGAAUUUAAACCCACCAGGACUAUCCAGAUUACAUUGAACUCUGUAAAUUCAACAUUUUUAGCCUAUUUAAUUCUAUAAAUGUUGUGUUUGGCCGUUAAAGGAGGUUUUCCUCACAUUUUGGUGUAUUUUAACCCUUCCAUGGUCUAAAUUCUUUGAACAGAUCUUGUGCUGUAAUCAAUGUCUAACUUAGUUUUUAUUUUCAUUGCAGUGGUUGAUUUUUCCUGAACAAGAUCAAUGAUUUUAAUACAUCUUUCUCCAGUUUUAUUUGCUCUGCCUGUGGGUUUUAAACUAUUAUAACUUUCUUUUUUAUUCAAUAAAUGACUAAUAACACA